GUAUUCUUGUAAUAUAUAAUUAGUAUUAGUAUAGUAUGUAUACAUAAUUAGUAUCUUAAUUAACUUUUAUAUUCUGUAAUCUGUAACUAUAUUGUAUUCUCUUGUCAUCUUUUAUGUAAAAUCUUGAUAAGUCUACCGUGGGUAAAUAAAGUUCACAAUCACAAUCACAAUCACCAUUGGAGUUCGGAAUUGCGCGCGUGCGUAUAAGUCCAUAUAAGUCUAUAUAUGGGCUAAUUAACGAAAAAUGCACCACAAGCAUGGCAUGAGCCUACUAUUACGUACAUAAAUGCAAGCUUCUUACUAUUAUACAUGAAUCGUGGAGUCGAAGAAUCGAUGGCAUUUUGGAUUAAUUGUUGCACCCUGAGCCUGCGAUGCGCGAACGCAAACUCGAUUUCUCGACGACGAAAAAAACAGAAGAAAACAGAAAACUAGGGAUUUUUAAGACACUUGACCUUUCAGGUCAGUGUAAUUAUGUGAACAGAGACCUUAAGAUUGACGUUCACGGCAAACGUCAAACCGCUAGCGAAGUUUUUGAUUUUACAACUCUAUUAUAAUAGCUUUUACACCAGUUUUGAAAUAUGUUAAAUUUAUUAAACUUGUGCUCUUUAGCAAUGAUUUAAGAAAGCAAAUUAACCACUAGUCAUGCCAUUCACCAAAGCAGUAAAUUAAGAUUUGGCGUUUGAAGUUGGCGUUUGGCGUAUAGAUUUCAUGCUUGAACUGCUACGAGGGCUUGUAGUCGUUAAAGCAUGAAAUUUAUACGUCAAACGUCAACUUCAUACGCCAAAUCUUCAUUUACUGCUUUGGUGAAUGGCAUGACUAUUGGUUAAUUUUCUUUCUUAAAUCAUUGUAAAGAGCAGAAGUUUAAUCAGUUUAACAUCUUUCAAAACUGGUGUAAAAGCUACAAUAAUAGAGCUGUAAAAUCAAAAACUUCGCUAGCGGUUUGACGUUUGCCGUAAACGUCAAUCUUAAGGUCUCUAACAUUUGUUCGCCGAUUGCCGCCGGUAGGCCGGGAAAGUUGACUUGAGUUCAACUUUGAUAACACCAUAAUGAUACAGUCGCAGGCAUAUGUGAACCAGGCUUUAGAUUCUCACGCGAAUAGGCAAUAUGUUUUUAUGCGCGACUGUUCAUCGUUAGUUGCAGGCGACGGUAAUAUAAACAAGGUCAAGGUUUUAUCGAAAGCGAUUGACUGUUAGAUUUCCUUUACUAUUUUAUAAUUAAAUAAUGUUAUUUCCUACAAAUUUAGCAUUAUUGUAGCUUUAUUGAAAGUAUAAAAAAAAACAUGGAAACGGUGAAUUACUACAGAUUGAAAAUAAUUAUUAAACUAUGAUUGAAAUUAUUGACGUAGAAUAAUUUCAAUAGUAUUUAUAAUGAGAAUUUUGUUUCAUAUUUGUAAUAUAUUUCAUGUUAUUUACAAAAUGUACUGUAGUUUUGCACACAAUAUAAUCAAUGCGAGCACAAUAACUCCAUUUCAGUUUGAGCAUUAUAUUUAACAUUUUGAUAGCGUGGCCUUUCGCGCUAUAUAAUAAUAUAAUAUUUGUGGUGUUACUCUGAGUGUAUAUCCACACCGGGCGAGCUUGAAAAAUUUGCCCGGCCACAGUGGGAUUCGAACCUACGACCUUUGGAAUACUAGCUAGAAUAUUUUAAUAUUCCAAAGUAUAUGUACUUUGGAAUACUAGCUAGAAUACGAGCUAGAAUAUUUUUCAAGCUCGCCCGGUGUGGAUAUACACUCAGAGUAACACCACAAAUAUCAUAUUCACCUGAGUACACUACACCAACACAAAAAAAAUAAAUAAUAAUAUAAUAUUAAACGCCUGAUAAAUAUAAAUCAGUGCGAGCACAGCGGCUCCAAAAUCACAACGAAAUAACAACAUAAAGUAAAUUAAAACAGCAAAGUUUUAAAUACCUCGAUGUAUUUUUCUAAGGCACUCGAUUAUGUAAAUUUUCGGCGAACAAUCAGCAUUUUCUUUGCAUUUGCUCGACGAAAAGCCGGAAGAAAACAGGCACACGAUUGAAAACGUAUAAUUAUGCUUAUUGUUAUUAUGCUCGUCACCAGAGGAGGAGUGAGGAGUAUAUCGGCAUCAGGGCGAAGGGAGAGAGGGCGUAGAAACGGCAAUACAUCGAGCGUCCCCAUCCGUGAUGCGGGCUUCGCGGGGGGUAAGACGUUCUAAUUGUAAACAAAUAUGACUACGCGUAUAUGACCCAUCAGAAGGUAUGCUGAAACUAUUGCUUCAUAAAAUAUUACUUGGGUAAAAUUUAUAUGUUUUUGUUACUUUUAGCUAUUACAAGAAACUUAAAGAUAAGAUUUAAGUAACGAAAAACUUUAUUUCGGGUGUUAUUUUAUUUCUAUACUCUGUUUAAUUUGGUGGUUAAAAAUGGCCGUCGAAAAAUUAUGUUGUAAGAGAGUGUUAGCGCGCACUGCUUCCUGAUAAAAAACCAAUGAUUUCCAAAACCUAAAUUAUAGUUUGUUAUUACGUUAUGAUGAAAACCUUUGCGUAGACAAAAUGAUAUAUAGAGUGAGCAAACAUGAGACAGAUAGGUUUUGAACCUUUCAAAGUUCGAGGUCGAAUUGACAGUUGAAAUAGUACCAAACUUCAAGCUGAAAUGUGCAACUUUAUCAUGUAUAUAUUUAUCAAUUUUGUUCACUGGCCUUUGUUAAAUUCACUUGCAAUGGCUCGACAUAAGUUCCAAUAUACAGACUGAGCAGAGCCCAUGAAAAAGCUAUCCAUAUCCCUACAGUCAUGCAACUUCCUUGCUAUUUAGAAGUGGUUGCCCAUUUAUAGUUGAAGAAGAAUUGCUAUUGUAUGCGCUUGUUUGCACUUCCUUUCCUGAAAAAGGCUACAAUAUUAAGGCUAAAUAGCAGAGAAAUAUGAGCCAAUAAUCCAUGCAAUUAAAAAUAUCUAUCAAAUUAACUUCAAAAAUCAUGAUUCGAGGAAUUAUAUCUAUUCAGGCAACCCAUAAUCUUGGGAUUGGUGUACUACAAAACUAUAUUGACUGACGUUUUGGAAAAAAUUAGCCAACUUUUGAAGGAUUUUAUUAGGUCCAGUUCACAUGAGACUGCAUGGAACGAAGUCAAUUAACCGGGACCAUUUCGUUUUGGUCACUAUAUUAUGAAUAAUAGAUGUUUACAUGGAGAUUGUCUAUUUGGCGUGGGUGGGUGGGUCGUGGGUCGUGCGUCGUGGGUCGUGGGUCGUGGGUCGUGGGUCGUGCGUCGUGGGUCAUGCGUCAGUAAAUCGCAAAAAAAUUUAAAACCGAACUAUACCAUGAACUGCCAAAAUUUUGCACGAAUCUUUUUAGCUAUGCCACAUCUCUAUUAACUAUGACCACAUUGACAAAAAUGCUGGUAGAUUCGCUGAACUUAUGGGUGGUUGAAUUUAAUUACAGUAAUUUAACUUGUAAAAGACAUCGAUGACCUCCAAAUUUAGGCUGUUGUGGUAUAUCGAUAUACCGAUAAUUAUCUUUUUUUUAUAAAUACCGAUUACUCGAUAUUGGAAUUUUCAAUAUAUCGGAAUAUCGAUAUUUUUCGGUAUUAUCGAUAUCACGUUUACGUUUGUAUAUUUAAACGUCAUAACCAGUUUUUCUCAAGCGCUGAUUGAAGUUAUUUCAGAAGGACAAAGACGAUCAAUGUGCUAACUCCGCGGGAAAAUCCGUCAAUUAAGGUUAGAGCGCGAUCUAAAACGUGUUUGUUUAUACGUUACCUUGGCGUACGUUGCAAGGUACGCGUACGGUAAUAUGUCAUUUCGCUUAGUUAUACUAUAGGUAAUAUGUAAUUUCGCUCGUGAACUUUUAGUACGUAAACAACGGUGGAUUACAAAUGUUUUAGAAAAGCAAGAACUAACCUCAUUGGACAUUGUUAGUUUUCUGGUGAUAUAGGACGAUCUUUGUUUCGAACUCGCAGUUGAAUAAAAUGUUUUGAAACAAUUUUCCGGACAAAAAUAUCACACAUGUUUCAUCCAGUGCGGUAAUCAAUGCUAAUAUUAAGUAAUAUGCAUUUUCAAUUCGUAAGGGAGCGGUCAUUAUUUAUGGCGGGGGGUGGCACCGAAGAGAAAAGGGUUGGGUAAACAAAAUUUUGAGUAACUAAAAGGUUGGGUAAAUGAAAAACAAAACAACUCAAGGGUUGGGUAAUAAAAAGUUAUUGUCAUUUCCAAAGCAUGACUCACUUAAAUAUUGGAGACUGAAAAGCAAUGUCAGCAGUCGUAUGUCAAUACAAUAUGUGAAUCAAUCCAAUCAGAGUCACUAUUUUGAUCAUAUUCGAUUUGUUGUGAGACAAAUGGUGUCUCCAAAGAAAGUACAUGUACAUACAACAUGAAAGUUUAGUUAUCAAACUUGUGUCACAGAAAGGACAUGUGUGACAACUGAAUGGUAUUCCUUUGUAAAGUUUUUGGCCAGGGGUUGUUAUUUAUUUUUUAAUUGAUACUUGAGGUUGGGUAAUCAAAUUUUUGACUUUUUAAUGGUUGGGUCAGCAAAAUGUUUGCCACGAAAAUCAUUUCUCUUCGAUGCCACCCCCCACCAUAAAUAAUGGCCGGUCCCUAAAGCGGACACAUCACAGGCUACUGAUCACUGGCCUCACACUUUAUUGAAAAUAUCACGAACCCGAUAAGUCAAAGCUAUUAUAUCGUGGCUGUUUGGCAGCAUUUGAAAACAGAAAAUUUUGCAUAAAAUUAAGCAAAUUUUUGCAUAAUAUUAAGCAAAAUCCAAUCGCGAAAAGAUAUCGGUAUUAUCGGUAUUUUUUUUCCGGUAUCGGUUUUCGUUUUUUUUCAAAUACCGCAACAGCCUACUCCCAAUUUUUAUUUCAUAAAAUGAUUUCUUUUAGUAUACUCAAUUAUUUUGACAAUUUAUUAAAAUACCGAUCUAAAUGGUGAAUUUUCCAUUUUUUUGAAAACUGAGUCGCUCCAUUUUUUUGAAAACCGUACGGCCUACUUUUACGCAAACGUGAAUUACAAUUGCAACUUUCAUGCUUAAUUUUGUCUGUUAUCUGGGCGGUAUACUAGCUCGUCAAAACUUUAGGUAUUUAAACGGAUAACUGCAUUGAAAAGUCCUUCAAAACAGUACAUUUUUUAAGGAUUCUUCAGUCAGGGUGGGGCAAAAUUGCAUAUGGGCCCAUUCUCUCCUUGUCCUCCCCCAUGCAGGAUAGUGUACGAUCGCCGAAGGUGUGAGCCGAGUACCGUAGGCUCGAGUUAGCUAGGGAUGGUUUUAAAAUUUGGGUCUCUGAAAUAGCAUUUCGUGCAUUCUAAGGACACAUUUUUUAAAAACGUUUUAAUCAGGUGAAAUUUGUAAUAAAUUGCAUGCUAUAUAAACAUUCAAAUACAACAUAAGUUCAGUUCAAACACAACAUAAGUUCAGUUACUAGUAUGCUGCACCAACAAUUUAGUUUUUUAAACUUUUUUUCAAUGUUAAACUCAUUUACUCAUGCAUACAAGUCCUAGGGACCUGGCUUUGGGGCAAUAGGCCAUUUUUUUCAGUUGCGGGGCAGAGGAAGGGGCCCAGUGGGGCAAAUGCCCCACCAGUCCACAGUAUUACAAAAUGCCUUGCUUCAAAAAUAGCACAUUACACUCAUGGCAUAAAAUUAGAUUACAACACGACUGGAUAACAGUCUUAACAGAGGAAAUCAUGAAAGUGGCAAUUGCAGUCGCGUUUGCGGUAAAAGUAGGCCGUAUAUAUAUACGGAAAUUGUCGCAUAUCUCAACGGGAAUUUUAGGUAAAUUUAGGCGAUAACUGCAUUGAAAAGCGCUUGAAAACAGCACAUUAUGAUAGCAUAAAAUUGGAUUACUACAUGCACAGAUAACAGAGAAAAUUAAGCAUGAAUGUUGCCAUUGUUAUUCGCGUUUGCGUAAAAGUAGUCCGUACUGAAAUUGUCAUAUCUCAACGGGCAUUUUAGGUAUAUUUAAUCCGAUAACUGCAUUGAAAAGCCCUGGAAAAACAGCACAUUAUAGUAGCAUAAAAUUGGGUUACUAUAUACAUGCACAGAUAACAGAGAAAAUUAAGCAUGAAUGUUGCCAUUGUAAUUCGCGUUUGCGUAAAAGUAGGCCGUACUGAAAUUGUCAUAUCUCAACGGGAAUGUUACUUUUAGGACCGAUAACUGCAUUAAAAAGCCCUUGAAAAACAGCACAUUAUAGUGGCAUAAAAUUAAAUUACUACAUACCCAGAUAAAAAAGAAAAAUAAGCAUGAAAGUUGCAAAGGUUGGGAUUUUACUUCUGCAUGAAAAAUACAAAUACCACACUGUUAUUUUCGGGGUGUUAUUUUAACACCACUUUGAAGGGAUUCUAGAGGGGUAAUACGGGAGUUAAAAAUUUGAGCUCUUUUAACUCCAUAACUGGAGUUAAAAUCAUACCCUUUGAGGGAUUACAUUCGCAAGCUAAUCAGUAUUCAAAAGUAACACCACGUAAGGGGGGUUAGUGAAUCUAACUCCAUUUGAGGGUUACCGGCGUCAAGAGCAAGUGUCACGUGAUUACAUAUGGCGUUCAAGUUGAUAUUUUAUAAACAGAUCUGUGAAUUUUCCUGUUAUAUAUAAGGAAUGAAAGCUUUAAGAAUCAAAUUAUGGAUGAAGAACAUUUCGAAGGUUAGUUUAUCUACCGGUUGUUUGUAGCCCAUUUAGCUUAAACGGCGGAUAAGUCAAAUUUUCAUUCGUUUUGUGAAUAACUGAAUACAAGUUUUAAAUGUUUUUUUUUAUAUGUUGUUGUAUACAUAAGUGUUCUUUUCAGAUUGAAAAACUAUUUUGAUUGUUCCAAUGAAUACACAGACUUGCUUGAUAUUCUGGACUUAUCCACCGUUUAGGCUAAACGCGCCACGAACAACCGGCUCCUGGGGUUGGUUGUUUAAUAGGUUGCAUCAAAG